GUCCUUUUGGGGUCCUUCCUCCUUCCGUCUCGCUCCGCUAGCUUGCAAGCAGCCGCAGCAGGCGAGAAAACAGGUGCAAAGUAGCCGAAAACGUCGUCGGACUGAGCCGUCACCGAGUCCAUGAUGGUCGGGAAGACGAGUGCCAUCGCGGCGGGAGUGUGCGGAGCUCUUUUCGUCGGUUACUGCAUUUAUUUCGACCGGAAGAGGCGAAGCGAUCCCAACUUCAAGAACAGGCUGCGAGAACGCCGGAGGAAGCAGGUGGCGGCAAAAGAGCGAGCUGGUAUGGCCAAACUCCCUGACCUGAAGGAUGCUGAGGCCGUGCAGAAGUUCUUCCUGGAGGAGAUCCAGCUGGGCGAGGAGCUGCUGGCACAAGGGGACUACGAGAAGGGUGUGGACCACCUGACCAACGCCAUCGCCGUGUGUGGUCAACCUCAGCAGCUCCUGCAGGUCCUGCAGCAGACUCUGCCUCCACCCGUCUUCCAGAUGUUGCUCACCAAGCUGCCCACCAUCAGCCAGCGCAUUGUGAGCGCACAAAGUUUGAGCGAGGACGACAUCGAGUGAGGUCAUGUGACCUGCUGAGGACUGAUGGUGCAAAGCUGGAUUGUUCUGGAAGUUCCUUCAACUAUUUAUGAUUUCCAAAGUUCCACCAGAGAGAAGAAAAGAAGUUCAUGUUGGUCUUUUAUUGGCUGGUAAAGAAUAAAGUCUUUCUUGUUCA